UGGUCAUUACCAACAUGACUUUAAUGUACGCCAGUUGUCGUAUUUACCAUCCAUAUAUAGUGUCUGUGUCAGUUUAGUGUAAGAUAUCUAGUUAGUAAAUGGGACAAAUGAACAACCAUCUGAUGACCAUCUUAAAGUGAGUUAAAGUAUAACAGGAUGUAAUUGUGUGAGAGUUAGGCUAUAUCUUGCUACAUCUUAUCAGAUGGAAAGUAAUGUUUUUGACUGAAAUGAAGUGCUACUUGAAAUAUUUGUAUAUCAACAUCUUCUAACAUGUGAAUCACAUUCGCUGGGAAACACUGGUGUAAAAAUUCUCAUUUGAAAUCAUUUGUGAUUUUUACGUAGAGUUUUACAGUAUAAAUACUGAAUGUAAUAGACAACUGACUAACAUACAAAAUACAACAGGACAUCUGAUGGAGAAGAUGAUAUAUAUCGAAGUAUAUAUAUAGGGAAAACAACACAUUCACUGACCAAUAAUAAGUUCGGUAGAAACACAUAUACACAGAUUUUUAGAGAUAGAAAAAACAACAUAUUUUAUGUUACAAGAAGAGAUUAAGGAUUUAUAUUAAUAGAUAAAGAAAUUCAACAAAAGGCAACCUUACAGAAAAUGAAGGCUACAGGCUUCUUACUGGUGCUGGCACCACUAGUGUUGUGUACAGGCACUGCAGCUAGACAUGAGGACAGUGAGGGGGGCUUUUGCGGGGUUGAAUCUGUGGAGACAGAAACUCUUCUUAAUUUACAAAGUGUGAUCAAUGGCUGUUUUGGUGAUUCAUUUGGCGGAGCUGUCCCAAACAUCAACUUUUGUUAUGCUGAUGGAAGAAUUAAUUGUCCAGCUAUAAAGAAAGUUCUGAAAAUUAUUCCAAGUUGCAAUUACUGUGAUAAUACAGCCAGAGACACAGAAAAGUGCUACUUUCAGCAAAAGACUCAAACCCAAUGCUCCAUUAACCAUUUCAUUAGCAAACUUAAAUGUGUGAAGGAAUUUGGAAAAUGUAAGCACAAAAUACUCUCUCACGAUGGUUUUCGUGAAGUCACAACAAUUGAACCCACAACCAUUGAUUCACAAGAGGAAAUUUCCACACCUGUUACAGAAUUUGCUAAAUAUGGCUAUGACAGAGACAAAGGGAAACCAGACCGUAGACGUGACCAUGACUGUGCGCCGUGUGAUUGCAGUCAGUCUGAGAAGAAAGCUGGAGUUUCAGUGGGUGUGACAGUGGGACUGCUGUUUCUGGGUGUGGUCAUUGGUGCAAUAGUGACAGCAGUAAUCUGUAUCUGUGUUCCAUCUCUACAUAGCAGGACAAGCAUAUUGGGAGGAAAAAUGAGGAAAGGUUUCAAGAAAUCAACAUCCAGGGAGGACAAAUAUCAAGCACAAGAAAAUAUAGACCCAUCUGUGACAGAUAACACACUCCCAGUUGAAACAACCAUCAAUUACCCUGUUGUUCCUUCAGCCCCAGCUGCUCCAGCUGCUUCCAAUCAGACUAGAUACCACACUCUAGGUGGAAUGUCAAAUAACAGAGACUCUCAUAUGUAUUCUGGGCUACAGCCUGAGUCUCCUGAAUACUUUGAGCCAAUAGGAGACAGUGACAAGUACCAGUCUCCAGAGAAUCAGCCAAUGAAAGGUCCUAAAACAGUUAUGUCACCAGUUUACCAAGAAUUCACUGACAAUGUUAUUUCAAGUGCAGGGAAUAAUCAUUCAAAGCAUAGUGCUAACAACGACAAUCAAAAUUCUGUAUCACAAAAUCAGCCAAUCAGAAGCACUGACACAAAUGCUGAUGCAACCAAUCAUAAUUAUUUUGUCUUAGAGCCACAGAAUAAGGCUAACAAUUCAAAUCUUCCAGCCAAUGAAAGGCCAGUAUCAGACCAUCAGUACUUUGUUCUGGAAGAACAGAAGGGACAGCAAGCAUCAGAUUAUAGUGAAAUUCCAAGUGAAACUGAUAAAAAUUAUCAUGAUUAUUUUGUGCUGGAAAAAGAGCAAAAGGAAUGAAAAAUUCAUUAAAACCAUAAUGUUUUGAGAUAUACAUGUUGACGUGCUGCUAGGCAGCUGUCAAAUUAUUUUAUGGCAAAAUCAAAUUCACUGCAGACAGUGUUAACAUUGCACAUGUUUUCAGCUGUAUAAAAUACUAGUCCAAGUGUCCAAAAGACUUGCAAGCAGUUGUUUUAUCUUAUAGAUUAUGCUUAGUAAAAUCAGCAUUAUCUGACAAUAUGUGAAAUCAAAACUUAAAUGACAAAGUCUCCAAUAAAAAAUACACUCACUGAAA